CCUCCCGCGGGCACGCGCCCCCUCCCCCGACACUGUAUCAAUUUCCUCGGGUCGGUCAGCUGCUGGCGCAGUGAACCCCUGUGCGUGGUGCCCAGCAUCUUGCUCCCUUUGCCAGGGAGGCUGGGGCCAUGUAAAGCGGCUCAAGGUGACCCAGGCUCCUCUGGCCGUUCUCCGGCUGCCUGCCUGCCCGCCCGCCCCGGGGCUCUGCUGGUGACGAUGAAGCCCCGUUCGCCGCUGCCUGGCCAUCUCUUGCUGCUGUCGCUGCUACUGAGCCCGAGAGGCUGCAGCUCUCACACUUACGGUUGCCUGUUUGAUGAAGAGUUGUGUUCACACCAGGAGCACUGUGUAAAUGAUGGGCUCUUUGGGCACUGCCAGGUUGCCAUGGUACCAACCAGGACCCAGUUUGAUGUAUCAGCUGCUGUUCUACGGCGUCUCCAGCAGGUUUUGAAGCACCUGAUGUUGCAAGGGUUGUCAUGGCAAGAUGAUGUCACGCAGUAUGUGAUCUCCAUGGAGAUGGAGAAAGUGCCCAAGCUCCACCCCCAGCAUCAUCACCUGACCAGUGCCCCCCUUCCAGAGACAAGAUCGCAGUGGCAAGCAGAUAAAGAUGUUUACCCCGGGGCUGUGUCCGCAGCAGCGUUCGAGCAAUGGCCACCCUCUCAGAUCCGUCGCUACCUGCAGCUUGUCCUGUAUGGCAGCCCAUCCCGGUUCACACCCGACCCCAGUGUUAAAGGGGCAGUACUGGAGCCCUAUCUCUUUCCCAAGAAUGGGAACGUGUACCAGUUGGGCCCGGAACAGGGCAGGAGCUAUCCCAAAGACAACGAUCAGGAACUACCCUCCGACCGCUCCAGCAGCUACCACCUGGACUAUGGCACCACCAGAGUAAGGCACCCAAACAGGGUGAAGGGUCAGGCUAUCGAUGUCAGCGACCCCCGACCUCAGGAGGAUGUUGCCAUCCAGAGGAUAGCCAAAGAGUUGGUGAAGUACGGCAUUGAUCUCCGAGACCUCAGUGACCAGCAGCUAAACCGCGUGACGGGAGCAAUUGGUCAGCUCACCAGGAUGGCGGGUCAGCCUGACCCAGCGCUGAUGGAGAAAGGCAGUUCGAUGCAGAAAAAGGCAUCCAUGAUGGAGGGGACUAUGCAGCACUGGAAAGAGGUGGAAUCAAGAGAGAGCAGCGAAUCGCUGAUCCCGGACCCAGAUUCCACACAGGCCCUGGGCCCUCCGAACGCUGCAGCGGCCAGGCGCAUUCAGGCCGUGGUGGCGACCACCUUGGUGGGCCCUGGCCUGAGCGAGCCAGAGGCCCAGGGAGCGGCCGUGGAGUUGGGCAGGCCCCCCGGGCAGCUUGCCAAUAUCCUGGAGGACCUGGGCUUGGGCCAGGACCCCGAACGGCUGCUAGGGCACAGCGAGGAUCUCCAACCGGGCGGGGCCACGGGUUCGCCACGCAGAGAGGAGUACGCCUACAUUGUCACCAACAAGAAGCCCCUGUCUCUGUCCGAUGGGAUUAAGUUGCUGGAGUCCUUGGCUCACCAGCUACACCUCGCGACAGUCAGCUUCAUCAACAUCAGUGUCAUCGGACCAGCAUUAACCUUCCGACUCCGGCACAAUGAUCAAAAUCUGACCGUCGCUGAGGUAGCUGAUAAAGCCAUUGCCAGCAAGACGGUGCUUGAGGCAGAGAGUGGUUUGAAGAUUGUGCAGGCUGGGGUGGGUGAGAGGAAUGCAUUCCACUCCCUGCCGGAACCAGCAAGGCACAGCAACACCUUCCGUUUCCUUCUGUUAUCCUUUAUCGCUGUGGCUUGCAUCGCAGGCAUCCUCAUUGCUGGAGCCAUCAUCAUUUGCCUGAGACAGAAUGCCAAGCAGCGACAGAAAGAGAAACUGGCUGGAUUGGGCCCUGAAGGAGGGACUGACACCUCCCUCGAGUAUCAGGAAUUGUGCCGACAGCACAUGGCAGCCAAAUCAUCCUAUUCCCGCACGGAAACUGUGGACACUUCCCGGGUCAGCAGCGUCUCGUCCCAGUUCAGCGACGCUCCCCAGGCCAGCCCCAGCUCCCACAAUAGCACCCCCUCCUGGUGUGAGGAACCUGUCCAAUCCAACAUGGACAUCUCAACUGGACACAUGAUACUGGCAUAUAUGGAAGACCACUUGAAGAUCAAGGACCGUCUGCACAAGGAGUGGGAGGCGCUCUGUGCCUAUCAGGCUGAACCCAACUCGUGCACCAUCGGACAGAGUGAAGUUAACAUCAAAAAGAGCCGAAAUCCUGACUUUGUUCCUUAUGACCACAACCGUAUGGUUUUGAAAGCAGAGGUCAACCCAUCCAGGACUGAUUUUAUCAAUGCCAGUCCAAUCAUUGACCAUGAUCCCCGAAUGCCAGCCUACAUUGCCACCCAAGGCCCCCUUUCGCACACCAUCUCGGACUUCUGGCAGAUGGUGUGGGAGAAUGGUUGCACUGUGAUUGUCAUGCUAACCCCUCUGGUGGAAGACAGCGUUAAGCAUUGUGACCGGUACUGGCCAGAUGAAGGCUCUUCUCUCUACCACAUCUACGAGGUCAAUCUGGUCUCUGAGCACAUCUGGUGUGAAGAUUUCUUGGUCCGUAGCUUCUAUCUGAAAAACCUGCAAUCACAGGAGACCCGAACUCUGACCCAGUUUCACUUCCUGAGCUGGCCAGCAGAGGGUAUCCCAUCGUCCACUCGGCCACUGUUGGACUUCCGAAGGAAAGUGAACAAGUGUUACAGGGGUCGUUCUUGUCCCAUAAUCGUUCACUGCAGUGAUGGUGCUGGAAGGACUGGAACAUACAUUUUAAUCGAUAUGGUUCUCAACAGAAUGUCCAAAGGUGUGAAGGAGAUUGAUAUUGCUGCUACUCUAGAACACAUACGAGAUCAGAGACCUGGCAUGGUGCACAGUAAGGACCAGUUUGAGUUUGCGUUGACUGCUGUGGCCGAGGAGGUGAAUGCCAUUCUGAAGGCACUGCCUCAGUGACCUGCCAUCUGUCCCCUCAGUGAAGAGCUAGCCAUCAAGCCAGCUUUGUACUCCAAGCAACCCCUCCCCCCCCACCAGCCCAUCCUCUGUGGCCUGUACUGUGUUUGUGUCUUGUCACAUGUCUUGUCUUGCCAUGACAGCUGCUACUCACAGUGCAGUGAACCUUCUGGGAGGGACUGUCUCCACAUUGACAUGUUCAUAUGGAAUAAGCCAAGAUCUGAGAAUGCUCCAAACCAGUGAAGGGUAGCAGCAACCUCAGACAAGGGGCAGACAGAUGGUCACUGACAGGUACCAAGUAAAGAUGCUGACCCCCAAUUAUAACAUUACAGCAGCGUAGGAGGCCAUUCAGCCUGACGCCACUGUGCUGGCUCUCUGCAAAAACUCCUCAGCCAGCCCCACACCCUUUGCUCUGUAGUUUUGCUGAUCUCAAACCUUGGGCAUUUGUCCGAUUUCCUUUUGAAAGAUACGGUUAGAUUUGCCUCCAACAGCCCUUCAUGCAGGUUUUUUUCACAGAACUAUUACGGUGCAGAAGGAGAGCAUUCAGCCCAUUGUAAUGUAUGUUCCUUGGAGUUUGUCUUUUGCUUGGCCCUGCAUGCUGUGAGAGAGUGUGAGUGUGUGUCCCUGUGUCUGUCUGUCUGUGUGCACAUGUACGUGUGUGUGUGUGUCGUGUCUGUGUGUAUGUGUCUAUGCGUGUGCAUUUGUGUAUGUCUGUCUUUGUGUGUGACUGUGUGUCUGUGAGACUGUUUGUCUGCACAUGUGUGUGUAGAGGGAGGCUUUUGUGGCAAACUGGUAGUGUCCCUACUUCUCAAGUAGGUGGAACUUGAACCUGCUCUGAGCAUCUCUGAACAAGUUGAAAUCUAUAAACAUAUGUGUAACAUAUACACAAGAGUGUAGAAUGUACAUGGAAAGAAUCUGACUAUCGAGCUUGUGUAUUUUUUUUUAAAUGCCUCAUUUCUGCAUUACACAGUAAGAGUUACAGAGAAGGAACAGAUUAGUUUCAACUUUGUGCGAGAACAUAAAAUAAACAAAUAGAGAGUACUUUAAACUGCAA